UGUGCCCUCCCUUCAUAUACAAGGCUAGGCUUUUCCUCUGGCCUCACCUUCUCCUGCAAAUCCGGAGGUGGACGAAGGGAAGUUUUGCCAAAAGGAAAAAUGGACUUCUUCUAUGCACCUGGGAGGAACCAUCUCUUUGUUCCAGGGCCUGUCAAUAUCCCCGAGCCAGUGAUAAGGGCAAUGAAUAGGAACAAUGAGGACUAUCGCUCCCCUGCUGUGCCUGCACUAACAAAGACACUUCUUGAGGACGUUAAGAAGAUCUUCAAGACGACAAGUGGUACCCCCUUCUUGAUACCAACAACAGGUACUGGGGCUUGGGAAAGUGCACUUACAAAUACACUAUCACCUGGUGAUAAGAUUGUGUCUUUUCUCAUCGGUCAAUUUAGUCUUCUCUGGAUUGAUCAACAACAACGCCUCAACUUCAAUGUCGAUGUAAUAGAAAGUGAGUGGGGACGAGGUGCCGAUCUUGAUGCAUUGGCAUCUAAACUAGCAGCUGAUUGGUCUCAUUCAAUCAAGGCUGUUUGCAUUGUUCACAAUGAGACAGCAACUGGAGUCACCAAUAAUCUGGCAACUGUGAGGAAACUGCUCGAUGAGCACAAUCAUCCUGCAUUAUUACUUGUGGAUGGAGUUUCAUCUAUAUGUGCUAUUGACUUCCGCAUGGAUGAAUGGGGAGUUGAUGUUGCUUUGACAGGAUCACAAAAAGCUCUUUCGAUGCCUACUGGCAUGGGAAUUGUAUGUGCUAGUCCUAAAGCACUUGAAGCUGCUAAGUCAGCCAAAUCAGUAAGGGUUUUCUUUGACUGGAAUGACUACUUGAAGUUCUAUAAAAUGGGAACUUAUUGGCCCUACACACCUUCCAUCCAACUUCUGUAUGGGUUCAGAGCUGCUUUGGAUCUUUUAUUUGAGGAAGGCCUUGACAAUGUGAUCGCAAGGCACAGCCGACUUGGAAAAGCAACAAGGCUUGCUGUAGAGGCUUGGGGCUUGAAGAACUGUACACAGAAGGAGGAAUGGUUUAGUGAUACUGUCACUGCUGUGAUGGUUCCACCUCAUAUUAACAGUUCUGAUGUUGUGAAGAGAGCGUGGACACGAUACAAUCUGAGCUUAGGGCUUGGUCUUAAUAAAGUGGCAGGAAAGGUGUUCAGGAUAGGGCAUCUUGGCAACCUUAAUGAUUUGCAAUUGCUUGGUUGCUUGAGUGGUGUGGAAAUGGUACUCAGAGAUGUAGGAUACCAAGUGAAGCUGGGAAGUGGAGUGGCUGCAGCUGCUGCUUACCUUCAGAACACCAUCCCUAUGAUCUCUUCUCGGAUAUAACAACACCUUAUCAAUUUGGUCCCAUGCCUGAACCAAGAAGCAACCAGAACAAUUAGUGCUCUCUUUGGAGUCUCAGCCCUAAAUGUAUAUUGGUAGAUACAUGAUCCCUGUAUUCCUUUGACUUUGCAUAACAGUAAAUCAUCUGUUUACCAUAUUUAAUUUUGCUUCCUCAUCAA